AUGAUGGCAAAUCUUAUAUUACAGGCGAUUUGUGUUGUAUGGUUUCCGGCAUGGUUUAUUGGUGGUGAUAUUUGGGUUUCUCGCACUAAAAAUCGUUAUCAAUCUACAAAUCCAAUACAUACUAGUACUUAUUGUUAUGGAGAAUCGUAUCGAGCAGCAUUCAUUCUACUCAUUAUGACAUAUGGUAUCUUCGGUAUCACGAUAUGUAUCACAAUUAAACGUCGUUUUAUUGGUAAGAAAAUUAAAGGCGUUGUCAAUGUAAAUUCUAUCAAGAAUCGUUAGUGAACAGAUCAG